UCCAAAAGUGGAAACAAACCGGGGGGCACGUACGUACGCCAGCCACUCCGCCGAUCCGCCCGGGCGGCAUGGCGUGGGUGCGCGUGCGGAGGCCCGCGCUGCUGCAGUCCAAGCUGCUCUGCCUCUCGCUGCUCUACCUCCUCACCACGCUCCCGCUCGCGCUCUACGUCUCCUUCUCCGACCCCUCGCGCUGCCUGUCCCUCCACCGCCUCCUCCUCCUCCGCCCCGCCCGCCGCUCCCCUCCGCCGCCGACGCCGCUCUUCGAGUACCCGCGCGGCUACGGCGCGCACAAGCACGCCCUCCCCGUCCCGCGCGCGCUCUGCUCCGACCCGGCCGUCUUCUCAGAUUAUAACACUGUUCUGCAAGAGAUCAAUGGCCUCGGCCGCAACCUCUCGGCGGCUCAUCGUCGUGCAUCCCCUGCGUUGCGGUACCAGAACGGCAGGAGGGACUCGUUUGCGGGGAAUUUGUCCAUGGAGGAACGAAGAUCGUUCUUCAAUAACACGGACAGCGCGGUGGAAAUCCCAUGUGGAUUCUUCAAGGAAUUCCCCCUCGCACAAGCCGACAGAUUGGCCAUGGAGGGCUGCCGAGGGGUCGUGGUCGCCUCGGCGAUCCUGAACGACCACGACAAGAUCCGGCAGCCGAAGGGGCUCGGCUCCCAUACGGUCAAGGCGGCGUGCUUCUUCAUGUUCAUCGACGGCCGUACCCACCGGGUCCUGGCGAGCCACGGCAUCCUCAAAGACGAGCACGCCGCGUCGGCCAGCGCGGUCGUCGGCGCAUGGCGCGUGGUGACGCUGCAGCAGGAGCAGCUCCCCUACGAGGACCCCGCCAUGAACGGCGUCGUGGUGAAGCACCUGCUGCACCGGCUGUUCCCGAACGCCAGGUUCAGCGUGUGGGUGGACGCCAAGAUGCAGCUCACGGUGGACCCGCUGCUGCUGGUGCACUCGCUCCUCCUCGGCAAGGGCGUGGACAUGGCGGUCUCCAGGCACCCGUUCAACCUCCACGCCAUGGAGGAGGCGAUCGCCACGGCGCGGUGGCGCAAGUGGCGCGACGUGGACGCCGUCAGGGCGCAGAUGGAGGCCUACUGCGGCAACGGCCUGCAGCCAUGGUCCCCGAGCAAGCUCCCAUAUCCUUCAGAUGUGCCGGACACGGCGAUCAUCAUGAGGAGGCACGGCUCGGCGAGCGACCUCUUCUCCUGCCUGCUCUUCAACGAGCUUGAGGCGUUCAACCCGCGGGACCAGCUGGCCUUCGCCUACGUGCGGGACCAGAUGAGCCCCAGGGUGAGCAUCAACAUGUUCGAGGUGGAGGUGCUGGAGCACAUCAGCGUCGAGUACCGGCACAACCUGAAGCGCGACAAUGGCGGCGGCGGAGGAGGGGUCUCCAGGAUGGCGUCAUCGCGGGACAUCGCCGGGAGCAGCUGCGAGGGGUACCUCAUGAAGAUGUGGGGGGAGCCUUCUGAAUAAAAACAAGGUCUAUGAAAAUGUAGCAUUUCAUCCAUUCAUUUGCUCUGAAGAUGGGCUUCCAUUAAGGGCAGAUAUACAGCAGGGAAACUUUUGGUAACACAAAGUACCACACAGACUAGUGUGUAGAAUAUAUGCAUAUGUAGCAUUUCAUACUUCCUGUAGGGUCUGAAGAUUGCACUGUUGGUCAAUAUGACAGAGGGGAAACUUGGUAAA